AGAAAGGAGAGUUGAUUUCUAGAGAGAGAAAGAGAGGGAGUCUUGUAGAGAGAGAGAGAGAGAGAGGGGGGAGAACCAGCCAAAGCAAAGGAUAAAAGGGAAGGAGCGAAUCAGAAGCAAGAGAAGAGAGGGGGCACAGGAGGAGCAGCAGCAUCAUCAUCAUCUCUCUGUUCUGAUACUUUCUCUCUCUUCUUUGCCUCAAAUCUUGUACCAGAGCUCGUUCAUAAAUUGGAUUGUCGGUGCCACAAUUUCUAGACACCUGGGGGGUUCGUUUGUCUGCUUCUGGGUCUGGGUCUCUUGAGCUUGAUUUCCUCUGUGGUUUGGGUAUGGGUUUUUCUCCAGAAAGCUAUUGACGUGUGGGAGAAGAAAAUUGGAGCGAAGAUGUCUCUGAAGAGCAGAGGAGAGCUGCCUUCAAGAAGUGUUAUCUCCCAGAAAUGGACCCUCUUACUUUGCGUAGGUUGCUUCUGUGCUGGAAUGUUCUUCACUAAUAGGAUGUGGGCUGUCCCUGAAUCUAAAGGCAUCACAAGGACAACUGCCGUAGAAGCUGAAAAGUUGAAGUUAGUUUCCGAGGGUUGUGAUCCAAAAACCUUGCAGCAGAAGUUUGUGAAGCGUGACUCUAAGGACAUUAUUGGGGAAGUUCAUAAAACUCAUCAUGCUAUACAGACGUUGGAUAAAACUAUUUCCAAUUUAGAGAUGGAAUUAGCUGCUGCGAGAGCUGCACAAGAAUCUAUAGUAAACGGUUCUCCAAUAUCAGAAGACUUGCAGAAGACUGAAUCAUCAGGGAGAAAAAGAUAUCUAAUGGUUGUAGGAAUCAAUACAGCUUUUAGCAGCCGGAAACGAAGAGAUUCGGUUCGUGCUACGUGGAUGCCACAAGGUGAAAAAAGGAAGAAGCUGGAGGAAGAGAAGGGCAUUAUCAUUCGCUUUGUCAUUGGUCAUAGUGCCACGUCAGGGGGUAUACUGGACAGAGCUAUCGAAGCAGAGGACAAAAAACAUGGAGACUUCUUGAGGCUGGAACAUGUUGAAGGUUACCUCGAACUGUCUGCCAAGACAAAGAUAUAUUUUGCUACUGCUGUUGCUUUGUGGGAUGCAGAGUUCUACGUUAAAGUUGAUGAUGAUGUCCAUGUAAAUAUAGCAACACUCGGAGAAACUUUAGUUAGACACAGAAAAAAACCUCGGUUGUAUAUUGGGUGCAUGAAAUCUGGUCCAGUCCUUGCUCAGAAGGGAGUGAGAUACCAUGAACCCGAGUAUUGGAAAUUUGGUGAGGCAGGAAACAAAUAUUUCCGUCACGCUACAGGACAGCUAUAUGCCAUUUCAAAAGAUUUGGCUAGAUAUAUAUCAAUAAACCAGCAUGUUCUUCACAAGUAUGCUAAUGAGGACGUUUCACUGGGUUCUUGGUUUAUUGGUCUUGAUGCGGAACAUAUUGAUGAUCGGAGAUUAUGUUGUGGCACCCCACCUGAUUGUGAGUGGAAGGCCCAGGCAGGCAAUGCAUGUGUUGCUUCAUUUGAUUGGAGCUGCAGUGGAAUUUGCAGGUCAUCUGAGAGGAUUAAGGAGGUCCAUCGACGUUGUGGGGAAGGUGAGAAUGCUUUGUGGAAUGCUGUCUUUUAAGGGGCAGCCUGCGGUUCUUCCAAACUCAGGAAGGGCGAUAAGAUAAGCUUUUGCAUAAAAUACAGGCAUGCAAGGCUUUUUUGUGUUUUAUGUAAGAGUACACAGAAUACAUGUUGUGUCACACAACUUCCAGAAAGAAAGGGAGAGAGAGAGAGAGGGAGAGGGAGAGGGGAGAGAGAGAAGAGAGAGGGUCCUUGCUAAGUGGUCAAUGUCCUACUCCAUUUUAGUGUAGGAUACUGACUGCAAUAGCUACUUGAAAAGGAAGCAGGAGGCUGAGACCACCCAUUCUUUACAAAGCUUUGGAAGGAUUGUAAGUCACAGUUCAUGGCUAAUGAGCAUAUAAUAAGUACAAAUAUCUGUGGUGUGCUUUUGCCACCCUUUUCUUCAUAAAGUUGUGGGUUGUUGUUUUGCUUGUGA